GAUCAUCCUGAUAUGUUUAAUAACUCUGGAUUUUUUCUGUUAUAUGCGUUUAGAGAUUUCACCAUCUUUAGAGGUUGACUGCACACCUGUGUACCUGGUGAAUUGAUAAAGUUUUACACAGAAACCAGUUGUUGAGGAUGAACUUUUUUGCAGAAAAGCGACGUCCCAAGAAAACUCUUAAAAGCAAGAAGGUAGAUCACGAUUAUUUGCGAGGAUAAAACUGCAAGUUUAAUCUCCAUGCACAACUCACCAUAAUAUUUCAAGAGGAAUGCAUUGGUUUUUCACCAAGUGUUGGAUGAACAAUUGAAAAAAAAUUUAACAAAAAAAAUUAUUUAAGAGUUAUUUAAUAGAAAUAACAAGAUUUUUAAUUAUCUUUAGAGACUCAAAACAUUAAUCCUGCCUGAACGAAGAUUUCGAUUCAAUGGUUUAGUCGGUGACAAGAGAUCUCCAGAAUUGUUUUAAAUUAAGAAAAAUUCGGGCAGAAAAUCCGGCAAUUAUAGCCAGCGAAAAUAAUGAAAAUCAUCUGCUUUAAAUAAACAUAUUAAAAAAAUUUUCUUAUAUUUUUAAUUUAUUUACGUAGAUUUUCUAGUUAUGAAGGUAAAAUUGAUCGCACAAUGAUCAAAGUAGCCAAAUUAUUGAGAGUGAGAGGUGCAGCUAUAAAGGGAUUCAGCAGGGCUUCCUCAGAUUGUGGGUUGGGAUCUGGAAAAAAAGGAGUGGUUGUCGGCGCUUAUGACGGUUGUGCCGAAGGUGAGCUUAAAUUAACUCCACGUGCUACCGCAAUCGACGAACAAACCGGAGGAAAGUUGUUACAGCUAUUGAAAGGUGGCGCAGGAAUUAAAAAAGGAACCGCGAGGGUGUUCUCAAACAUCCACCACGAUUUCAUUUCCGUCGCUGUCGCCGGGUUGGGCGAGGAAGGUGUCGGGUACAGCGAGGCCGAGAGUUUAGACAUGUGCAAGGAAAAUAUCCGGUGGGCAGCUGGAAUCGGCGCGUACGCCCUCCAGGAGGAGGGCAUCAGCACGGUAUACGUCGAAGAGUUCACGAAUACGGAGGCAGCAGCGGAAGGAGCCGCCCUCGCCAUUUGGAAAUUUCAACCGUAUAAAUCUAAGGAGGAGCAGAUAGUAGUACCAAAGCUAGAGCUGUUUGAAGGAACCGAUAGAGAGGGAUGGCAUCGAGGCAUGUUGAAGGCCGACAGUCAAAACAUAGCCCGGAGGUUGGAAGAAACCCCGGCAAAUUUAAUGACGCCGAUGAUGUUCGCACAAAACGCUUUGGACACUCUUUGCUCGUGCGGCGUCGACGUCGAACUGAGAGAAAGAGACUGGAUCGAGACGAAAAAGAUGAACGCUUUUUUAAUGAUGGCCAGAGGAUCCUGCGAGGAACCGAUCGUACUCGAGCUGAGCUACUGCGGAAGCACUACUGACGACAAACCCGUAAUGUUUAUCGCAAAAGGGAUAACGUUCGACUCUGGAGGGACUUGCUUGAAAAAUUGUCUUGGGAUGUCCGAGUACAGGGGUGACAUGGCUGGAGCUGCCGUCGUGGUCGCAAUUUUCAAAUGUAUUGCCCAAAUGUCACUGCCAAUAAACGUACGAGCGAUUAUUCCUCUUUGUGAGAACAUGGUUGGAGGGAUGGCAGUCAGACCAGGGGAUGUGGUCACCGCUGGCAACGGGAAGACCAUCCAAAUCGAGGACACGGACAACGAAGGAAGAAUAAUUCUUCUCGAUUCCUUGAAUUAUGCAAAUGUGUACCAUCCAUGUCUCGUAUCAACGAUAGCUACUCUUACACCUGGUAUAAGAAGUGGUCUCGGAGGAUCGGCAAGCGGCGUUUUUUCAACUUCAGAUGCAGUCUGGAGGGAGUUGAACAGGGCCGGAUCGGAAACUGGAGACAGGGUUUGGAGGUUCCCGUUUUGGAAAUAUUAUUCCAACUUAGUUACCAAUUAUGUCGAUGUGGACGUCAACAACGUUGGCAUGGGAGGAGGCGGAGGUCCUUGCCUCGGAGCCGCCUUUUUGCUGGAGUUCGCUCCUUCGGUGGAUUUCCUCCACUUAGACAUCACGGGCACGGGCCUGAUCUCGAACGGUGUUGGAUAUCCGUACUUGAAAAAGGGACUUAUGUCGGGCCGUCCAGUAAGGACUUUGGUCCAGUUCCUAUACCAGUUGGCUUGCCCUCACGACAAAGGCGAGGAGUGCUGAUAGCCUGAAAAAUCAAGUUGCUGCAUGUCGCCCUCGCUCCCUGCAAGUUGAUCUCUUUUAAUCAAAACUGUAGAAGGCUUGACAAUUCUUGGCCACCAAUUAAAGAAACCGUUCGAAACAUU